CAAAAGCCUUUAUUCUAUCAAGUUAGCAAAAUUUCUGAAAACUAUUUCUUGGUAAAUAUUUUCAAACAUAGAAGUUUUAAUCAAAUAUUUAAUGAAAUGAAAAACUUUAUUUUUGUAUACCUGAUCACAUAAGCAGCAAGUCUCCCCAAUUCCUCAAAACAUUUAAAUAAUUCUGCCAGAUAUCGCUAACUUUUAAUGACCCAGCCUAAGAAAUGAAAAUAAAGUAUGAAACCAAAUUAUUGUACUUUGUACAUUUGAUUAGAAAUCAAAUAAAUUGAACUACUAAAUUGCUGAUAUUCAACGGUUCUUGACCCCCCCAAAAUGGCAAUUUUUAUAUGGCCCACACUAAAUAUAUUUAGUAUUAAAUAAUGUGUUUUAAGAAAUAUUACAAUAGGGCUUCCAAAACCUCCCAGUUCUCCCUUUUACUGUUAUCAUCUCCUGUCUGUUAGGGGUGUGGCAGCUAUUUUUGAAAAAUUUCACAAUCUUUUAUCUUUCCUACAUAGCAUAGGCAACUUGUAGUUUCUUUAAAAAGUAUAAAUUAGUAGUUUUGUUUUGCUAACUAUCCUAAGCAGCUAGUAUGAAUAAUCAAGCCUUUAAUAGAGAGAAUAUACUAAGUUUUUUAAUGUUCCUCAAUUGUUUAAGUCAGUGGUUCACAACCUUUAACGUUCAUAACCAACAGAGAACUUGUUUCUGCGCCCUAUGCCAGAGAUUCUGAUUGAGUUUAGGUGAGGGUAGGACACAUGAAUUUGACUUCCUAACAAAUACACAAAUUAUGCUGAUGCUAUAGGUACUAAAACCACUGUUAAGAACCACUGACUAGAAAAAACUAUUUGUAACCAGGCUUUUUCUUCUUUUGGUCCUUAGGUAAAUAAAACUCAGGUUGAUGAGGUAUCAUUUUACCUUCAAUCAAAACCAUUUUUGGUAAAGUACUACCUUACUUACCUCUUUUGAAAGGUAAGUGUAAAUUAGACUUGCUUUGACGUGGUUGCUACAGACCACAAUUACAGGACAACUGAGAAAUUUAUUCACUUGUCCUUUCUUUCGAAUCUCACUGUGCUCUGGCUUGCCAGGAGGUGCAAGGGUCGUCCUAGCCUUGCACUUGGCGCUCCAGGCCUGGGUCACUUCCCUUGAGUUAUCAGAGACAGCGCGUCCAGUUGACAAACUCUGCCGGAGGCUUCUGAUAGAGACGGGCGUGGGCGCCAGUGGUGAGCCAACCCAACCCCAUCUGCGAGUCUUCUUUCCAGGGACCUUUUCCGAGCCGAGGGCACCCCUUCAAGAAGCGCUGCGGACAGGUUCCGACUCGCAGGAGAUCGCGCGACGAAUCUGCGCCUCGGACCCUCGCCUUCCGGCAGUUGCCGGAUUGCUGCCCCACAGGGAGCCAACCCGCCAGAGGACCAGCCCAGCCCGGGCUCUGUGGAUCAGCAGGCUGUGCAGGCGGCGAAUUCGCCCACGCAUCUCAAUCCACUCCCUCGUCCCCCUGCCGGCGAAGAUGUCCGCGAAGCCUGAAGUAGGCUUAGUGCGCGAGGCUUCUCGGCAGAUCGUGGCCGGUGGUUCUGCAGUGCUUGAGCCUGUGGAGGCGCGAGAGCAAAGGAGGCCGGGAGCGGACUGCGAGUACCCGGUGCUCCAAGUUAAGUUGCCGCAGCGUCGGCGCCCGCCGCUCUCGGGUUCCCGGCAUUCUGUGUUCCUGGCCUGUAAAGCAAGUAGGACAACUCCAAGGACAGCGACUUUGAGCAGGAAGGCCCUUGACAGAUGUUGGCAUCUUGAUAUUGGACUUCUCAGCCUUCAGAACUGUCUUGUAGAAAUUUGCCUGAUGCACCCCCUCGAUGUGGUAAAAACCAGGUUUCAGAUUCAGAGAUGUGCAACCGAUCCAAACAGUUAUAAAAGCUUGGGAGACAGUUUUCGAAUGAUUUUCCAAGUGGAAGGGUUGUUUGGUUUUUACAAGGGAAUUCUGCCACCUAUCUUGGCUGAAACACCAAAAAGAGCAGUGAAGUUUUUCACCUUUGAGCAGUACAAGAAAUUGCUAGGAUAUGUGUCACUGUCACCAGCAUUGACAUUCACCAUUGCUGGAUUGGGAUCUGGACUAACAGAAGCCAUCAUAGUUAACCCUUUUGAGGUAGUAAAAGUUGGCUUGCAAGCAAAUCGGAACACAUUUGCAGAGCAACCAUCUACUAUAGGUUAUGCAAGACAAAUCAUUAAGAAGGAAGGCUGGGGACUCCAGGGCCUCAACAAAGGAUUAACUGCAACUUUGGGACGACAUGGAGUUUUCAACAUGGUCUAUUUUGGCUUCUACUACAAUGUCAAAAACAUGAUUCCUGUCAAUAAGGAUCCAACCUUGGAGUUUUUGAGAAAAUUUGGGAUUGGUCUUCUCUCGGGGACAAUAGCCUCAGUCAUUAACAUCCCUUUUGAUGUUGCCAAAAGUAGGAUUCAAGGGCCUCAACCAGUUCCUGGAGAGAUCAAGUACAGAACCUGUUUCAAAACAAUGGCAACAGUCUAUCAGGAAGAAGGGAUUUUAGCUUUGUACAAAGGCCUGCUUCCCAAGAUUAUGAGACUUGGACCAGGUGGUGCAGUGAUGCUGCUGGUUUAUGAAUACACCUAUUCAUGGCUUCAGGAGAACUGGUGAUUGCCUAGGAAGUGUUUUUCCCCCUUGAGAUAAUGGAUAUUUGCUCUGCAGCACCAUGAAGAAGAGAGACUAUCGAUCAGCCAGGUGUAUAAUAAUAAAGGAGAAAACUAUUCAAGAACAAAAUCCAUUUUAAUACUUUAAAAAUUAUCUUUUGGCAACUUGAGAUAAUAGUUUUGGCCAUAUAAAUAAAACUAUGAGAAGAAAAAAUAAUAUGAAACAAUGAGGUAUUUAAACUGAAUAUAGAAAAAUAGCAUAGAAAUCAUAUAUUUCAUAAAAGAAAUAUAAACUUUGUUUCCUAUGUUCCUCUUCACUGCUUCACAACAAAAAUUCAUUGUAUUGAUCAGUAUUUUUCCUAAGAGGUCUAUAAAUGCUUAAACUAUUGAAAAUAAAUGAAAUUAUUCAAAGACUGGGUUAAAAAAAAGUUAAGCCAAAUUUAAACAGUUUUUAUAAUGAAUUAAAUUAAUCAAUAAACAAUAUUUAAAGAGCACAAGAAAAAUGUUUUUAAAGUGCACUAAAAUGACCUUUAUGAAUACUACGUUAAAAUCUGUUGGUUUUCAUUAGUGAUUAUGCACAUCUCAGCUCUAUUUUCUUGUAUCUACUUUAUAUAUCACAGUGUUGUAAGAAAAUAAACAGGUAUUUUAAAACACUGUUUAAAACAGAAUGUUAAAACACUGUUGUUUAAGCAUGUAUUUUUAAAUCAUGAUAUCCAAAAUCUCUUCUAACAAGUAGAAAACAUGAAAUAAACUUAAACUACUUUCUUUCA